CCGAAAUAUUAGUGCGAGUUGGCAGCCAUCUAAAGGCGAGAGAGAGAGCGAGAGAGAGAGAAAAUGGAGUCUCCCUUCAAGGCGGAUAUCCUGAAGGGGAAGGUGGCGGUCGUAACGGGAGGCGGUUCCGGGAUCGGCUUGGAGAUCUCCACCCAGUUUGGGAGGCAUGGCGCCGCUGUCGCCAUCAUGGGUCGUCGCCGCCAGGUCCUCGACGCGGCCGUCGCCGCCCUCCGGUCGGAGGGGAUCCGGGCAAUUGGGCUUGAGGGAGAUGUUCGUAAGCAGGAAGAUGCAGCCAGGGUUCUGGAAGAAACAACUACGCAUUUUGGAAAACUUGAUAUUCUUGUAAAUGGGGCAGCAGGCAAUUUUCUUGUGUCACCAGAAGAUUUAUCACCAAAUGGUUUUAGAACAGUGAUAGACAUUGAUUCAGUAGGCACAUUCACUAUGUGUCACGAAGCCCUAAAGCAUCUGAAGAAGGGAGGACGAGGAGAAGGUCCAUCUACAGGUGGCCUUAUAUUAAACAUAAGUGCAACUUUGCACUACACAGCUGCUUGGUACCAGAUCCAUGCAUCGGCAGCCAAGGCAGCAGUCGACAGUAUCACAAGGUCUUUAGCCCUAGAAUGGGGAACUGACUAUGAUAUAAGGGUCAAUGGUAUUGCACCAGGACCAAUAGGAGACACUCCUGGAAUGAGGAAGCUUGCACCAGGAGAAAUGCAGAGUAAGUCUAGGGAAUACAGGCCUCUGUAUAAGCUGGGGGAGAGAUGGGAUAUCGCAAUGGCUGCACUAUAUUUGGCUUCUGAUGCAGGUAAAUACAUCAACGGGACUACGAUGGUUGUUGAUGGAGGACUUUGGCUGAGCCAUCCGCGGCACAUUGGGAAGGAAGAAGUGAAAAAGUUAUCAAAGGUCGUAGAGAUGAAGUCGAGGAAGUCACCUGCUGCUUUUCCAGCCAGCAAGCUGUAGUGGUGCCCCUUGUUAUUGAUGACAUUGUUUUAGGGCCGGAUUUUGAUGCCUGACAAAAACUGCCACUAGUAUAGUUUUUGAACAUAGUAAGGAGUUUCUCAUUAUAAAUCAUGAAAAAGGAAGGUUAGAAUUGAA